CGUAUCAAGUACUUUGGUGAUCGCUUGUGACAACUUGGUCGUUAAGUGGUUCCACAUGAAGGAAUUGAACAUGGUGCUGGGUUUGAAAAUCAGCUUUGCCCGAGCGAGUAGCGUUAUGACCCUCAAUAUGAUGGACCCCAUAUAUCAGCAACUGUUGAAGUGCACUGUGCCAUGGGAAGCUCUAGGAUUUACCUUGUUAUCAGGCAGUUGUAUAGCAGUGUUGUCUACGUUAUGUUCUGUGCUAGUUGCGAUCAUGGACAAACGAGCAGACAAACUAGGGUUCAACAAGAAUAACAGCAACGAUGAAAAUGACAACAAAAAAGAGACGGAGGAGCACCAAUCAAUGACCACGUGUUCAGACGUGAGACGCUUUCCAGCCUCGUUCUGGCUCAUUGGUAUCAGUGUAUCUCUCUACUACAUGCAGUUGUUUCCUUUCGUUGCCCAGGGAGAGCUGUACUUUGUUAAGAAAUACGACCGAUCCCUGGAUGAAGCGAACGCAAUCAAUAGCAUGGUUUUCCUCGUCGGGGCAGUGACGAUACCGCUUUUUGGAGCUGCAAUAGACAAAGUGGGCCGAAAUCUUAUCUGGAUGUUGGCCGGACUGUUUCUCUCUUUAGCCAGUCACCUUUUACUGACAUUCACAGUUGUAGAACCAUAUGCAUGCACGGUUUUAUUAGGACUCGGUUAUUCACUGGUUGUGACCACUUGGCAGCCGCUUGUGACGUAUGUUAUAGCGCCCAAUCAUCUUGGAACCGCGUUUGGCAUUGCGUUUACAAUAAACUCAGUGUGUCAGUCCGUGAACGCCUAUAUUACAGGCUACAUUGUAGAUAACAUGGGAUAUUUUGUGCUGGAGGUCUUCUUCAUUAUGUUCACCACUUGCUCGAUAGUAUUCACCUUAUUGCUGUAUUUGAGAGACGCAUCUUCAGGAAAGACAUUAAACCUUACCGCAAAAGAGCGAAGUCGCAAAACAAAGUGAAGUUCUUGCCUUCGACAGCGGCAGGUAGGACACUAUACCUUACCAUUGGAGAGCAAAGCCGCAAUACAAAAUAAUGUAGCAGCCUUACACAAGCGCUGGGACGACCUUAACCCAUUUAUGCCUAGUGGACUCUCCCAUCCAUCUAAAUUGGAGCAAUUUAUUUCCAAAAUUAGGGGUGUCUAGUAUAUUUAUUUCUAUAUUUAGAAUAUUAGUUACAGAAAUUCUUUUUAGCAAACAUCGCAGACCCUGAUGAGACGCCGCAUCAUGCGGCGUUUCAUCUGGGUCUACGCUGUUUGCCAAGGCCUUCUUUCUAGACGCUAGGCAUAAAUGGGUUAGCAUUUACAAAAAGAGAGAGAAAUCACGAAACAAACUUAAGUACUAGCCUUUCUAAAACGGUACGGAGGACAUUAAUAUACCGUUAGAUAUUGAAAUAAAAUAAAGUAGUAGCCUUCAAAAAUGGCUGGGACGACAUUAAAUCUUACAUAAAAGAGUGAAGUCGCAAAUUAAAGUAAAGUACUUGCAUUCAACAACGACAGAAGAGACGUUAAAACUUAUACUUAGAUAGCUAAUUCGCAAAGCAAACUAAAGUACUUGCCUUCCACAGUAACGGAACGCAAUUACCUUAACCCAUUAAUGCCAAGCGUCUAGAAAAAAGGCCUUGGCAAACA